AUGAGCUCCGAAUCCGACCCCGUUGUCGUCCACAGCGGCGGCUGCCACUGCAGGCGCGUGCGGUGGGAGGCGGAGGCGCCGGCGAGCGUGGCGGCGGGCACCUGCAACUGCUCCAACUGCGCCAUGCGCGGGAUCACCUACUUCACCGUGCCCAACGCCAGGUUCAGGCUCCAGGACGGUUCCGAGGAGUUCCUCACCACCUACACCUUCGGCACCGGCACCGCCAAGCACAUCUUCUGCAAGGUGUGCGGGAUCACCUCCUUCUACAAGCAGCGGGGAAACCCCGGCGAGGUCGCGCUGUCCGUGAACUGCAUCGACGCCGGCACCAUCUCGCACGUUGAGGUCACGGAGUUCGACGGCAAGAAUUUACUUUGAGAUGAUUCGACGGUGAGAACUGGGAGUACUAGCUAGUCGGUUCUACCUGUGCCUCUCUGAAAGAAGCGAAUUUUAUUGUCUUCCCAGAACAUGGUUCGACGGUAAGAUUUGGGGGUACUAGUCUCCAACCGAAGUCUUCCCAGAACAUGGGAAUACCGUUGUUUCUGAGAGAAUAAUAGUGGAAAAAUCAGAGUGGGAGUAUAAUUUCAGAAAUCCGACUGUAUGGAAAAAAUCACAGGUUCUAAUAUGAUGAGAUGCUAAGAGUUUAGGGCCCCCCUAAAGGGUUAUC